AUGGCAGAUUCAAUUAGCAACGAGAGCAGGUCUAUAUCUCGGGGACGUGACUCAUUUCACUCCUCAGGCAGAGGCGGCAUGGGUAACAUUCGGCGCUCUUCCAUCUCAAGUGAUCUUCGUCCCGUCGAUGGUCUGGAUGAUUCUGGUUCGAGUCGUGGGCGGGAGCAAGCAGUGCACCCUGACAGGAUGUUCUCAGUGGGUAGGGGUGGAGCGGGUAAUAUGCGCGCCCCCUCUCAGGAAGUGGGAAAAGACUACCCCCAGACCGUAACUAUUCUUAACGAGCAUGCCGCGGUUCAGGCAGGAUAUGAACAGCAGGUCAAGAAGCACCACGCUGAAUCCAACCCGAUUGUAUGUCCGUCCGAUGUCAUGUCCCGCGGACGCGGUCUUGGCAACAUAUCAGGCUCCCGCUCUCGUUCUCGUGGUCCAAUAGUUCAUUCCACGGGACGAGGCGGAGUAGGGAACAUUCAAUAUGGACCUGGCACCGGCGUUGACAAUACGGACGAAGAGGAAAGAAAGAAGCAUGCUCAUGCUCAAGCGAUACACUCAAUUGGUAGAGGCGGAGCUGCAAAUCUUACCAGUGUGCACUCGCCUGAUGUUGAACGUGUAGUCCAUCGUCACAGUGGAUUUGAGUCCUCUGGGCGUGGCGGAGCUGGCAACAUACGCUCCCGCUCCGCGUCGCGCGACCCAAGUGGACGGACACCUUCCCGCGAUACCAAAGAGAAACAUAGAAUUACUGCGCUGUGGAAUAAAGUAUCCCACCCCUCCAGCCCCGGCUCCGGGGAUCCUGGGUCCCAGGACGAAUGA